AUGAAUUAAAGGGAUGGACAAACAGAAAAGAUUGAGAAAGACUUUUCAAGAUUGUUGGAGAGAUAUAAUCGUUCAAAAUAAGUCAUUGAUUAAUUGUAUUAAUCAGGUGGUAAGAAUGAUACAACAAUACGUUCUGAAAAAAAUAAUAAGGAAGAGAAAGAGAAGGAAUAUGUAUCUAGAGAUAAGUAUAACAAAAUGAGAAGCUUGAAUAAAGAGCUUAAAGUAUAAAAUUGAAUUAAAAAAUAAAUUAGAUAACUCUAAAAGAAUAUAUCGAUAGAACAAAAGAGUUGGAAUAGACAAUAGGAGGUAAAGAUGAAUUAAUUGAAAAGUAUGAGAAGGAACUACGAGAAUAAUAGGAAAAUUUGUAUAAUCAAUUACAAGAAUAGAAAGAAUAGAUUUUGAAAGAAGAUUAAUAUGCACGAGUAAAUGAAGAUCUUAGAGCAUAAUUAACUUAGGCAAAAUAGAAAUUAAUUAAAAAGAAAGCAAAAAUAUAAUUGCUUAAGGAUUUCUAAAAAUCAAAUGAUGUAAAAAUUAUAAUUAAUGUUUGUUUUUAGAAUAAAUUUGAAGAUUAGAAACAAGUAUUUUAAUAAGAAUUAGAGAGAGUGCAAAAAUUAUGUGAAGAGUUCUCAAAUGAGAUGUAAGAUUAAUUGAUUAAUCUUUAAUUAGUAAAGAUUCUGAAAAGAGACUCAUAUGUUUAAGUGAUGAAAAUGAACAAUAUAAAUAAUUAUUAGAUUAAAAAGAAGAGGAUAGAAGAUAUUUAGAGCUAAUGAUUUAAGACGAAAGAGAUAAUGCAAAUAAAAUAAAUUCUAAAAUUUAGGAAUUUUUGGAUGAAAAAAAGAUUUUAUAAAUUACUAUAGAAAAUUAAGGGAAGAAAGUUUAAGAUCUUGAGGAAUUAUUGAAAUAAGCUGAUGUGAGAUAUUAGAUGCUAUAAGGAAAGUUAGAUUAAGAAAAAUAAGGUUUGAUUUGUGAAUUAUAAGAUACAUUAUAGAAAAGAAAAUAGAAAACUAAAUAAAUGCAAUCUUAGAUUUAAUAAUUAGAAUAGAAAUUGUAAGAAAAAUAAAAAGAAGAAAUCAUCGUUAAUAAAUAAAUUUAAGAUUUAUAAGGAGAAUAAAUUAAAUUAUAAUCAUAACUUGAAGAUUAGAAACAUAAAACUGAUUAAGUACUAAAUGAAUAAUAAUUCAAAAUUUAAGAGAUAAAAGAUUUAAAGGGAGAAAUUGAAAAAUAUAGACAGAAUCUUUAAAUUUAGGAUGAUAAACUAACAAAAUAUGAUAUUUAAUAUUAGAUUGAUUAGAAAGAGAAAUAAAAAUUGGUUAAUGAAAUUGAGAUAUUUGAAUAAGAAAAUAGAAAAUUAUAACAUUUGUUAUAUGAAUAAGAUAGAGAUAUUGAUUACAUGAGAUAAUAAUAAGAAUAAGUAUUAAAGUUGAUUAAAAAUAAUAGGAAAUUUUACAUAUUGAAAAGAAAGUUGAUUCUUUAAUUACAGAAGUUCAUGUUGCUAGAGAGGAGACAAAUGAAUGGAGACGAAAUGCUAAUGAUUUGAAAAGAUAGUUAUAAUAGUAAGAAGAAUAAACUAAUUAAUUUAAAGCAAAGUAUUUAAAAAGUAAAUAGAAUUCAAAAAAUCUGGAAAAUGAAUAACGAUUUGUAAUAAAAUUAAAUUAAUUUAAAGCUUGAAGAAAAAGUGAAACUAUUAGAAAAUGAGAAAUUGCUUGGAGAGAGAGAAGCUUUGAAAAAUACUGUAGUUUAAUAAAAAUCAGUUUAAUAAAGUAAAAUUAAAGUGCUUGAUGAAAUUUAGAAUAUGAUAAAGUAACAUAAAUAUAGAGAAUGA